UCGCCGGCCAGUGCUCGACCCGGUGGCGUGCUCGUUGCAUUCUCGUCGUCGUCUGUCACAUUCCGUCGCCGUCGUUGUCGUCAACAGCCCUACAUUUUUCCAACGGCUCCCAGUCCCUUUUUCCUCCAUUUCACAUCCAAAAAUAGCCCGACAACAGAAAUUUUAUGUCACUUAAAUUAUUGUUUUAAUGAUAAUAUUAAUAAUUGCGAUCUAGGUCUGACGACGCACAAUUAUUAUACAUUUAUUACGGUCUAAUACGUCAUUAUAAAUUGUACAGCGGCAAUAACGAAUAUAGCUCGCGUUUUACACGCGUAUAAAUUUCGGUGACCAUUUUUUUCAAAAUAUUUGCGAUCUGAAACGAUAACAGCGAACACGACUCCGCGGACAACAGCGACACAGUCGACGUGGCGUUAUUGCUCCGACUUAGGGCGGUCAGGAAGAAUACAAUGUGCGCAGCAGACACCGAUACAGACAUAUCUGACCACAGUGACUUGACUGGUUCGGUCGGACAACGACCGACCACGAUAACUGUCUAGGCCGGCGACGAGAACGUCACGCAAGUUCGGUUGACUUGAACGAUUUACGACUAUAAUUAUAUAGGCCCUUCGCCAGACAUGCGGGCGGCUCCGAUGCCGAAGGGACACGGUCGGACGAGCAAAAUCGUCCGACUCGCCGUUGUGAUCGCAGCGAUUGCGUUUUGCUUUACCACUCGAGUGAACGGUUUCGAGCCAGACUUUUUGUUCCCACUGGAAAACGUGACUAUUGCCCAGGGCCGAGACGCGAUAUUCACGUGUGUGGUCAACAAUAUCGGUGGUAACAGGGUGAGUGCUCCCGAAGGCGGCUUCACUUCAGCCAGGGUGGCUUGGAUUAAAGCAGAUACGAAGGCUAUAUUAGCUAUUCACGAACAUGUUAUCACAAACAACGAAAGGUUGUCCGUCACACACAACGAUUAUAACACAUGGACAUUAAAUGUUAGAACAGUCAGAAGAGAAGAUAGAGGCACUUAUAUGUGUCAAGUCAAUACGGACCCAAUGAAAAGCCAAAGUGCUUUUCUAGAAGUAGUUAUCCCACCAGAUAUCAUAUAUGAAGACACGUCCGGUGAUAUGAUGAUCCCUGAAGGUGGUUCAGCUAAAUUGAUUUGCAAAGCUCGAGGAUAUCCUGAACCAAAGAUAUUAUGGAGAAGAGAAGACGGAGGAGAUAUUAUCGUUAGAACGGGGACUACAAUAAAAACUAAAAUGACAUCAGUUGAAGGUGAAUCAUUACUUUUAUCAAAAGUGACAAGAUCAGAAAUGGGUGCAUACCUAUGCAUUGCGGCCAACGGUGUACCACCAUCGGUUAGUAAAAGACUGAUGCUCCACGUUCAUUUUCAUCCAUUGGUUCAAGUACCAAAUCAACUAGUGGGAGCACCUCAAAAAACAGACAUCACACUUCAAUGCUACGUCGAAGCUUCGCCAAAGUCAAUCAAUUAUUGGACAAGAGAAUCGGGAGAGAUGAUAAUUUCAAAUGACAAAUACAAUAUGACAGAAUUGACAGUUUCGUAUUACAGUGCUCAGAUGAAACUGACAAUUAGAAAACUUAGAAAAUCAGAUUUAGGAGGAUACAAAUGCAUAUCGAAAAAUUCAAUUGGAGAAGCUGAAGGAAAUAUUAGAGUAUAUGAAAUGGAUUUAUCUAAGCCCAGAACACCUAGCGAAGACGACGACGAUAAUGCUAUAAAUACGUUUAAUUCUGAAGAAGAUGAUUAUGAAAAUAGAAACACCGGACGCAAUUCUUCAAGCAAUUCACCAGCACUCAAAGAUCAAUCUCAUCGUUUACCUAGGUCAUCUUCAGACAAAAUACGAUACAUCAACUCCGUUAUGUUAAUAUCGAUAUUAAUAAUAAUGAAAUACUAAAUUGUUAUAAUGUAUUCAUAUUAAUGUAAACAAAUUCUCGGAGGUUGGCAUAUUCCAUUUAGACGACUCGUAUAAUACCUACGCAUCAUAUACCUAUUAUUCAUAUUAGUAAACUACCAAUACCUAUAUCAUUGUAUAUUAUAAUAUGUACAUUGUGCAGGUAUACAUUUUUCAUUUGCAUUCUUCCUACUUUUAAUAUCACCAAAACACGAUACGAAACUACCGGUAUGUAUACGAGAAGUAAUCCUAUUCAAAAAAGUAUUUUAUAAACGUGUACUUGAGUACACCGAUUCUGCUCUAGAUGACCUUGGUCAAAGGAUAUAGGUACCUAGGUACAUAUUAUCAUUUUGUUGGUAUUAAUGUGCCUGAACCGAGGAAGACGGAUAAAUACAAAUAAACGAACAACCUAUGACUAUACAACGCAUUUUAAAAAUAUUGUAAUUUGUAUAUAUUAUUUAUUUAUGGAUCAAUAAUUGUGUAGUAAUUUUAACUAUACAAAUUUUGUAACAUACUUACCUACAUACUUUUGAAGUACGUUAUUCAUAAUUACGAUGUACCUACCAUCAAACUAUUGUUUAAACUAUAACUAUAUUAUAUUACAUUUUAAUUUUGUAAAUAAUAACUCCUGUCAUCGCUCAACCUCCGUCUAUUUACAAUGUUAUCAUACAAGUUAAGACUAUAUGUACGCAAAUUAAUAAUAAUCAAAAAUUAUUCUCUAUGAAGUAAAUAAUUAUUAUGUUGUUAAUGAAUUUAUCACAUUGAAUGUUCUACCGUAAAUGAAUGUAAAAUAUUUACCACAAUAUGUAA